GAGAAGGUGCUUUUGUUUCGCCGCCCUUGACGUGCCGGACGCGUUUUAUCUUUUAGUAAGCUUUUAUCCGGACUUAUUUGUAGGCGAUGCUCGCAAAGCGACCAGGGCGUUGCGCCGGAGGCGACGAGGUGGUCGCUUGGUGACUCCCGGAUUUCCCGGUUACCUCGAGGUCAAGGAGGUCCUCGAGGGAUAAAUGAGUGCCAGCAAGCGACAGAGGGCAUCGACAUGCGCCACCUCCGGAGAAGAGGCGACUCGUUCCCACACCCUGGACACCCUGCCGCCCGAGGUCCUCGAGAUGGUCCUGCACUUUCUACCUAUGCACGACGUGGCCACCUCGGUUCGUCUGGUCUCCAGGCGAUGCUCGGUGGUAGCCACGUCGGUCCUGAACGCGGCCUUCCUCCUGGCCGGGGUACGCCUCGACAGGACGAUGAGCCACCUGGAAGCCGCGAUGCCGAGAGUCGAGACGGAGUCGGACCUCCUGGCCCGCAGCAAGGCCUUCAACGCGCUGGAGCUGGUCAGGUCGCAGUACGAGAUGCUCAAGGCGGUUACGUGGAGGUACACUCACCCCCCGAGGCGGGAGAAACGCCCCAGGCUCUGCUUCUACGCCGGCCUCCUCCUGGACGAGCUGGACGAGUUGAUCCGACUGGCGAGGACUCGACCCGCGGCCCUCGCCGACGCCGGCGUGCCCUGCUUCGUCGCUCUCUGCAAGCGCUUCAUGAACUACUUCGAGAAGGUGUCCGAGCGCGGCGUCAACAGAUCCGCCCUGGUGUCGGGCUGCAAGACGGUGGACGUGCUCGACUGCCUGGCGGAGGGUCGCCGGGUCGUCUCCCUGGCGGUGACCUCCGGAAGAGGGGGCAGGAGCGGCUCGGUCGUCAUGAAGGUAGAGUACGUCAUGAGGAGAGCCUGGUUCACCUGCCUGGAGGUGCCCUGCGCGGCGGACGAGAACUCCUGGAGGGACGAGCAGCGCUUCAUGUACCUGAGGCUCCGCCGACUGGUCGGUAGCGUCAACGAACACCUCUUCGAGAAGUCCCACUAUGAGAGGGAACGCCUCUUCCGGGCGACCCCCAAGCCGCCUCCGGCCUCGACUUACUCCGGGUACGGAGAGUACGGAGGACGGUUCUUUUAUUACGGAAACAUGAAUCGAUACGCUUACGAGAGCAAGUUCAAGUUCGCCGAGGCGGGAGCCAGGGAGGACCCGGAGGACGAGACCGAGGAGGGGGCGGAGCGCGCCCCGUCCUUCGACCUGGUCGUCUCGGUCGAUUUGAGGUGCUCCCCGGAGCUGGCCCCCCUGGCCGUCGGGAAGGCUCUCGAAUCGGCCGACCUCGAUGCCGCGCCGACGAACGAGCACCUGGAACUUUAUCUCAAAGUGGACGUCGCAUGUCCGGCCUCGGUAGCCAACCGAUUACCUGGCCAUUUUACUUGGGAACUUCGUAGUCCUCGGCGUGGUCGACCCUCGCCCUGAAUUUUCCCUGCGUCCACGCGGACGACUGGCUCGUUGAACAUUAUACAUUCUUGUACGACUUAUAUUUAUUUUAUUAUUACCGAUGUUGAGGGUGCAUGUCCAGGUUAUUCGUGCGAAGGGAAUAAAGUGCUUCGUUGA